CUCACCUACUAAUAUUUUUUAAUUUUUUUUUUUUUUUACAAUUGCAUUUUUCCAGUGGUCUGCUUUUGGCUUUUGCUUUACAUUUGCUUAGGUUUUGUCAAGAAAAAAUGCUGAAGCUGAGUAAGGUUCAGUCAUCUCAGACUGCAGCCUGGGAAUGAGAGGCACUGUACUAAUCUGCUCUCUGUCUCUCCUCUUAUGUCCAGAGGAGAAGAAAAUGAAGCCAACACGAUUAUCAGAUAGCUUAUUAACUGAAUCCCAUCAGAACUGGUCACUCUGCAAAUUCUUGGUGAUUUAAUUCUCCCAUUUAAUUAAUUUCUCCCCUAGAAAUGAUUAGUUCACAUUAGAGGUGAAUUACCUGUUGAUUUUCCAUUUGAUAAUUAGUGCUCUUCUAGGCCCUGGUUAAGCUUUCUUGCCCUAUGUCAGAUUUGUUCAAAAGCAGACACUUAAAGUCUUUUGAUUUGGGCUUCUGUUAAUCUUGCCAUUUCCCAUUAUACGUAUGGGAAGACAUGCUGCCUUGUAGUCAAGGCAGGGGUCUAAUAAUGCCAAAGGGGCCUCCUGGAGAGGUGCUUCCCUCCCCGUCUCUGCUGUGGACUUCCCAUGUACCUGGGAGAGACGAAAGACAAGAAAACCCACCCCAAAAUUAAUUACAGUGCAAACCUUCGACCUUUGCAGCUUCUGCUCUGCUGGUGCCCAAAGUCUCUGAGCCUUGACUUUUUAUCUGCAUGUUUGUCAGGCGUGGGGCCAGGGUUUGCAGCAGCAAGGGCUGCCUGCAAGGGCUUUCAUGGUAGAUGGGGGAAUUUUGGGGGGGUCUGGUCUCUCCUCCUGAGGCAGCUUCUGUGUUUUAUCUACAAAUCGGUUCAAUGCAAAAUGCAGAAGCUGUCCAGGAAACAGAAGGCAAUGCUUCCCCCUACACUGCUCCCCUUCCCCCCUCCCCCAGAUAUAUUUGCAAUUCUCAGUCUCCUCUUUCAGUAUGUCUCUGCCAGACAGAAGCCUGCUGGCAUUAUUUAUUAAUUUUGCUGUACAGUGUCAUGGUUUCAACAGGAGGGGGGGAUAGUCCCCUUUUGAUCCGUGCUGGCCCAUAGCUUCUGUUGGCAGAGCACUUCUUUAGGAAAGAGGGUAGUGUGGGUUUGGCUCUCCCCAUGUGAUGGAAAGCAGAGAACCUGCGGCUGCUAUUUGUCAGGCAAAUGCUCAAAAAUUUGCUGGUUGUACAAAUCUGGGUGAUGUUGCUCGUGUUAACGAUUGCUGCGUGCCGCAGAGCACAGAUUGUCCCUGCACACUCCCAGGGGAGUGGUGACAAAUGCUCUCUUCAGCCUCUCCAGGGACAGAGGUGGCAGUGCUUGCCGGAAAGGCUGCCCUCGCCUCCAGUGGCUGCAGGGCUGGGCUCUGUACGUGAAAUAAGGUGGAGUGCAAGGUCAGUGAGCAAUGCCCCGGUGACACCCGAUAGGGUGUGUUUGGCUGGCUGGUCAUGCACAGGCAUGAUGGAGGAAAGGCUAAUGCCUGGCAGAAUUUUUUAUAGAAAUAGGCAUGUUUAAUGCUUGAAUAAAUACAAUGUUUAGAUCUCCCUCAGCUGCUGCCUAAGCCUCAAGUCUCCCAAAACACUUCUGUUCCUUGGUGGAUUAGAGACAGAGGCUCAGAGCCUCAAGGGUAUUUCAGCAUCUGUGCUGCUGACAUCCCCUGGCUAACCCUUAAUCCUUUUUAGGUCUCUCAAGUGUGAAAGGAGUCACCUAAACACAGGUGCUAUUGCCUGGCACAGCCCCAGAGCUGCAGGGGGGUGCCUUGGACAAGUUGUGUUCCAAUCUCGGCUUUGCUGGCACAAGCCAACCUCACCGUACCGUGUUACUGCCCUGGAUGCCCAUCCUGUUCCCCUGUGAACGUCACUACCGUUUGAGUCGGGAGGGACCUGUGUGUGCUGCUGUUUUCCACACCCUGUGACGGGGCUCAGUCCUGUAGCCCAUCAGUUGGAGACCUUCAGGCAACAUGCAGCCAACUGGUGGCACUGGUAGGGUCUCUCAGACCCGAUGGAAUGCUCUGUCAAAGGCACCUACUGAGCAUCUACCCAAAAUAGUAGGCUGAGGGUGUUGCAGCGUAGUGCUUUCAUUCAUCGGUUCCACGGUCUGCUCUUUGCAAUUUUGAAGUUGCACCACUAAAUAUCAUAGUGGCAGCCCCAAGCAGCGGUUUUCCCUAUCCCAUUUACGGGGAAGGCAAGCUUUUCUGUUACACUGGUGAGCCCACUGCUCUGGUAGGAGAGAGAGAUUGUGGAUGGGCUGUCACUUGAGUGCACCAGAGUGGCUGCUGCAAAUGCUCAGUGAGUGCCAAGGAGAGAGAGGAUGUGUCCUGAAUGCCCUGGAGGUGCUGCUGGGCGCUGGGGUAACGGGAGGCGCAGCCCUGCACGGCCAGGCACGCUGCCUCUUCCCUGUCCCAUGCCCUCAUGUGCCAGAUGUGUAGCCCCAGCACAACCCGGUAAGUCUUAGAGGAAAAUUGUGAAAGUGCUGUCUAAAUCAAAGGGAAGUAAUAACCAUAGUGAGAAAUUCUUGGCAGAAGACAGUUUUGUUGAGGGCUGCGGUGUCUUGCAGCGCCCUGGUGUGAUUUAUUUUUAAUGCUGAACGUCUAGCCCUUCGUUGCAUUUCCCACAGCUCAGCCUGAUCAAUGUACUGCAGCCUCUCCUUCCCGCUGCCUCGUACACAUGGUGUUUACCACCUCGUUUAUUUUCUGUUUACCAUAUACAAGGAAAGCAGAUACUCUCUACUCUCUGUUAUAACUCACAUCAGGCAUGGUAGCUCAAACAACUUGUAACACACUUGUUGCUAAAGCACAGCUGUUGUAGCACAGCUUUUCUGACAAGUGCAAAGAGGGUUUUCCCCGCCUGUUUGCAGCCUCCCGCAAACCCGAUGCAACCUGCACAGCAUCCCUCGAUGCAACCUAGAAAUCGUUACGGGAUUUGCAGGCACCUAUCAAGCCAGCAGUAGAGCUUUCUCUUCAUGUUGCCAGUUGCUAGGCUUGGGAUUCAGCACCGAUCCUGUCUGAGAGGGUAGUGUCCACCCUGCUGCAGAGGAGCUAUUUCCUCUGUCGCUGUCGAUUUGGUGUCUCAGAAAAUGCUGUCGCAUCCUGUCUCCCUCAGGUACCCGUGUAGCUGGUAGGAAACAAAGCCUUUCGCAUGAGCAGAAGUGCUGUACUUCUGCAACGCAUAAAUACACCGUCAGUGUGGGGGAUUUGCUGUGUUUGCCCGUGACGUGGCCACAGGGGCUUUUUUGGUGAUGCCCAGGAUUGACAUGCAGGAAGAGGUGUCAGCAGCCCCUAAAAUCACAGGCAGGGAAUGAGUGAGAAGCAGAAUAUGCAGGCUUAAAUGUGUGCUUAUCUACAGCAGUGGCUGUUCCCCUCCCACCCCCAAGCUCUGCUAGCUUCAAUCAUCUUAGACCUGUGCAAAAACUAUACAUACAUCAGGUGGUGGAUGUUUGAGUAGCUGCAUUACUGGAGCUGGAGAAUCUGAACACCUUGCAAAUGGACUUGGCGGAGGCCUGGAGAAAGCAGUGUGGCAGAUGGCUGCUGUGGGCUGCACUGGCUGCUCACAGCGACUGCUCUGUCUCCCCUCUGGUGUGCCCCAGAGUGAUGCUGGGUUUCUCACCAGAGUUUCUCAUGCUCCAGGUUUGGGCUCCCUGAGUUUCUUUGUCCUUUACCCGUGACACAUCCUUUCUUAGUAGUCCAACACAUGCUGUUCAAGUGUGCUGUACGAUGUGGGGAAGCUUUUACUCACACAGCUGUGGGGAGGAGCCCUGGCGACUUUCUUGUACCCCUUUGCUAGGAGGGGGGCAUGGGAAGGAGGUCUUGACCAUAAUGAACAGUUUUUAGUAAGUUCUGUCACUGUGUUUUCAGUCCAGUCCUUGAACUGAUCUGGGACUGAUUAUUUGCUGAAUGCACUGCCAUUAUGUGCUCAGGAGGGCAUGAUAAGUUCAUUUAACACAUCUUCCAGAUCAUCUAUUCUCCCCGAGUAUCUGACCUGGCUACAGAGAAGGCUCCUGACAGAAAUGCCCGAGUUAAGUGGAAACAGGUGAUAGGAGCCUGCUCUUGGCACAGCUGGUGGGAAGGAUGCGGGUGAGCUCCUGAAAAGAGUAACACAGAGCUGCAGGAUUCCCUGAGAAGAUCUCUCAAAUUUGCUUGCCAGACCUGAAAUGCCACUAGCGAAUAAUCAAGGUAAUGUUUGCCAUCAUUUUAAAUGGUGAGUAUACUCUUAUUCUGCAUUACCCAGCAAUGGAUUAGACAGUUUGGAGAGGUGUAGGUUAAAUACUCAAUUAUUGCAGUCAUUGUCUCUCUACCCUCCUAAAAACUCAGCAAAUAUUUUUUCCAGUCUCUCACUUUUCCUUUUAAAUACUGAAUUACUGUAGUACUUAAAAGAACAAAAGAGAUCCUCCCUGGGUGGAAUUUUGUUUAUUCCUUAUUCUCACAAAUAUUGUUGACUUUACUGGUAUAUUUCACCCUUUUUCUUGAACACAUACCUCAUUUGAGCACCCUCUGUGUGAAUGAGUUGGAAGCAUCUUCCAGCUGCUGCCCUGUCUGCUGCUACAGUGUUAAAAGCAAAGAACAUCCUUCUGGGGGAAGGGGAAGUGAGGAAGGGGAGGUGGGGAUGUUUCAGACUAUGUUGGUCAGAGGAGAUAUGGCCAACCAAGGAGAUCUGAACAGCAGCUCUCCCGAGGGUUUGGUGGGGUUCACAUGGAGGAUUUUUUUCUGACUUCCUUUGCAAGAGAAGGAGGGAGAAUUGCCACAAAGACUUCGGUGCUGAGGGGCUCCUCUGGGCUCCUGUUGCCAGGGGAAUGUUUUCUCAUUGGAUGGUCCUCAAGUCCUUGCUUUCCAUGUACUGCAUGAUGCGAAGAGAUACACUUAUAAACAAAGAUCUCAGAGGUAUGCUGUGAAAUGCCACUAGCAGAAGACCCAGAUUUGGUAACUGAAAAACCCUUGUGUAUAAGGAAAACAGUCUGGAUAUGGCUUGGGUACAGACGUUUCCUUUAUCCAGUGAUAAGAGAACAGGCAGGGAGGGGGAGGAGGCGAUUUGGUUAUCAGUGUUCUCAUUCCUCCACUGCACACAGUGUCUGCAGCUGCUGGGGGCAGUCUGCUCUGAAGGCCAGAGAUGUGACUGACCUUUGAGUAGCUGUAGCUAAACACUGAACUUGCUUGGGACAGUCUUACAUACAGGACAGCCUAUGCACAUAUGCCCCCCUGGAUGCCACCCUGAGCCCAUGCAAAGCUCUCAUUCCAGAAGGAACACUUGCAUCCAUCAUUUUCCAGCCAGCCACCUGUGGUCAGACAUUUGGGAACAGGCAAAUCCUUAAUCUGUCUGGCCCUCAGUUUAUGUAACUGCCUAACAAAAACAACAUAUGCCCCCGUAUGCAAGCAACAGUGUGGAGUGGUGCAAAUGGUAGCAAACGAGGCAGCUCCCAGGCAGCCUACGCGAAGAAAGAGCAACCUGAGGCAGGCGUGUUGUCCCCGUCUUGUCCUUAGGCUCCUCACCUGUUGUCUACCCAGGGCCCUGGCUGAAGGGGAGUUUUCUUUAGCUGUGGCUGUUAGAUGAAGGCUCAGGAAAAAAAAAGAACAUACAAUCAAACAAACAAAAUGACAACCUGUCUGAAAUACUUUCCACCAGAGUCCUUCACUGUCAUUUUUCCUUGAAGGGAUGCUGUUUUGCUAAUUCUCUGGUCACGAUAGUGUGGCCAUGCUUGAUGGGACCUGCAUUUCGAUAUUGAGGCUACAGCUGAAGUCCUUCUGGGAUGCUCUCUGCACAUAUCUAAAUCCCUCUUCUACAAGUGAUGAUGGGGUUGGUUCAGACAGAACCAGGCUAGGCAGCUCUGGGUUGAUGUUCUGUUAAUCGGGACCUGUCCAGCAAACCUGAAAGUUUUGCAAGUCUUCUGCUUGAACAAGCCGCAGGCAGCUUAAAUUCAUAAAUACAGUACUGUGCAUAUUGAGUUUAAAAAGGAUGGAGAAAGGGCAGAGCAAUUGCAGUGCAAACUGUAGUUUGGUCUGUACACUGAAGCCUUAGGGGCUGAAAAAAAUCAAAGCUUGACACUGGCUGAAGAUGAUGCUUCCUGGCAUAUCACCUCACAAAUCUGUCUUAAUAAAAAUGUCCAUUGGGAAUAUAGCUGUAGUUAGCAGUUGCUGUACUGCUAACCAGCAGGGAGAGGCAGCCCAGUUGCUGGGAUCUCCGCUCUCCAGUCAGUCUGCAGGAGUGUGGGGGAAAGUCUGUUCCUUGGCCUUUGGGGCCAGACAUACACACGCAGCAGCAAUGUGAUCCCAGCAGUUCUGUAAUAAAGGUGGCUGUUCGUGUGUCUGUUGGUAUCUCACAUCUUUUUGAAAAGAAAUUAGAAGGAUUAUGCCUGUGUGGGAGCCAAUAAACUGCAGCAGAAAACCCAGUCAGUAACAAUACCACAUUUUCCCGCUAGUGACUGUAUGGAGAGUUUGCUGGUGCAGCUGCUCAUUUUGUUGAGUGGCAGGUAGGAUGUGCCUUUGAGAGCAAUUACAAAAUGAGCUCUGCCUUCAGUUCUUCCUCUCUAAUGAGUUUAUUUUGCAGAUGUCUGGCUGACUGAAUGUUUUUUCCCUGCAAAAAUGCCUGUCCAUGGAGGCUGAUGUCUCCCGUUCCUUUUGUUCUUCUCUGAUUUCUCCCCAAGAGCUUUCUCCUUGUCUUCCUUGUUGUACAUCCACCUGCAUGGGACUACAUUGAAAAGAAACCACAAUAGCCACAUACCUUCCAUGUCAGGCUGAUAAAAGGACAAAGUGGCUGCUCUCAUCAAGCAUAAGGCACUAUGAUGACUGUCUUGAGAACUGGCAAAACAGUAAAAAGUCAUGAAGAAAGUAGUUGAACAAUAUCCCUUAAUUUGUUUUUUCCUCAUGCAUAGUGGGAAUAUGUUUUUAAACACUGUACUGUACCCUUAGGAGCUGAUAAUUCCCCUUGUAGUGUUGCACCAGCUCAUGGCUCUGGUGGACAAAUAUUAGGUUGAAUGAACAACAAAAAGGAAGAAGCAAAAAGCAUGACUUUGACGUGCUCCAGGCAACUAACUAAUCUCCCCUGCUGGCUGUUGGACUAGAACAUACUGCCCUCCCCUCUUCCCCACCCAGAAAUACUGCAAUCCACCCAAGCUGGCCUUCAAAACAUCUCUGCCUACUCCCUGGUCAAACCGUGUCCCCAUCAGCUUGCAGAGAGACCAGUCACAGAGACACUGAGAAAUACGUAAGUCUAGGUGAGUUCCCCUCUUGGGGAAAGAAAUUAAUCAGAGAUGACGUUCUAGAUGACAUUAUAUAUCUAUAUAUCUGUAUCUAUAUCUACACACACGCCUUCUCAGAGGGUUUAAAAACUCCAGCAGAUUUUUAGGAAUCUUGCAUGAGAGCUCCUUGGUCAAAACUGGCAUACAAAUAGCAGGUAGUAAUUAGCUUGGCUAGAAGCGAGGCAAAGGCAGCAUAAUUUCUUUUUCCUGUUGUGGCUAAUAUAUUUGCUAACGAUGCAUCCCAAUUCUCUCCUUGCGUGCCUCCAUGGGGAUGGCACGUUCCUCUCCGACAGUGAUCCUUUGGGUCCCCCACGUCCAGGCGGUGUGGGCCUGCGUGCGGUCCUGCCCUGCCAACUGCGUGUGCACCCAGGAACGGAGCUGCUCCGUCCUCUGCGAUCGUGUUGGCCUGGGGCAGAUCCCUAGCGAGUUCCCUUGUGAAGCCUCCUCUAUCAACCUGGACAAGAACAGCAUCAAGUUCCUCUCUGAGAGGGCCUUUGGGACUUUGCCUUCCCUCAAAUCCCUGUCGCUCAACCACAACAAUAUCUCCUUCAUCACCCCGGGGGCUUUCAAGGGGCUGCCCAGCUUGACCGAGCUGAAGAUGGCCCACAACGAGUACAUUCGCUAUCUCCACACGCGGACUUUCACUGCCCUGAGACGGCUGGUGAAGCUGGACCUGGCAGACUGCAACCUUUUCAACAUCCCAGACAGGAUCUUCAUCGAGCUGCCUGCUCUGCAGGAGCUCUUCUGCUUCCAGAACAACUUCCGGAGGAUCCCAGGGGCCAUCAGGGGCAUGGAGAACCUGACCCACGUUUACCUGGAGAGAAACAGGAUUGAAGCCGUAGCCUACAACUCCCUGCAGGGACUGACAAAGCUGAAAUACCUGAAUCUGCAGGACAACAGGAUAAAUGUCGUUCAUGAGCGAGCUUUUCAGGGCUGCCAGAAGAUGGAGUACCUGUACCUGAAUGACAACUUGAUUAGUGAGCUUCCAGAAAACUCCUUCGAUGGCUUGAGGUGCCUGAAGAUGCUCAACCUGGGGGGGAAUUUUCUCAGGAACGUUUCCAACACGUGGUUCGGGGACCUGGGGGAGCUGGAGGUCCUCUACCUGGACCGCAACAGGAUCAACUACAUCGAGGAGGGGGCUUUUGAAAACCUCACCAGCCUUGUCGCAUUGCACUUGAACAGCAACAACCUGACGACCUUGCCCUUUUCUGUCUUCCAGCCGGUGUACUUCCUCGGGCAGUUGUACCUCUUCCGCAACCCCUGGGAGUGCGACUGCCGCAUCGAGUGGCUGAAGGAGUGGAUGGAGAAUUACAGGCUUGUCAGGGAUAUCCCCUGUGCCUCCCCCUCCUCUGUAGCUGGGAUUGACCUCAUGGAUGUGCUCUAUGAGAGAUCGCCAGAAGGUUACUGUCUUGACCCAGUGGAGGUUAACAUCACGUCUGAAGGCCCGACCCCAAGUGGAGAGCCUUGGUCUACCACCGAGAGCAAGUUCAACAGCCUUAUCUCCAAACUCUUGCUCCAGAUGGGCCUUCCCGAAGAGGUGGCAAACACCACUGAAGGCUACAGUAACACCACACAGCUGGACGGACUAACUGAUGGGGUUUCUUCUGGGGUGGGGGAAGACAGUAUCGAGGCCAUCUCCUUCUCUUUUUACUUCCCAGCACUUUUUACAGUGAUUGUUUUGAAAUGCAAAUAGUCCAAGGGCUGCAAGGAGCAUGGGUCCUACUUAAGCAUUUAGUCCCUGUACCUACUUAGUCAUUAGGGAGAAGUUCGUAUCAUGGGUCUCCAAUACAUAACUGGCUCCAGAACCCCCUGCUUGGGUUGGUUGGAUCUGGCUCUAGGGAGAUGGUGGGAUCAGGUUCAAGGCUGCAUCCCACUCUGGGUAAGAAACCUGCCCUGCAGGGUCUCAGAGCCUCCUGGACACUCAGAGCUGUGUGGAAGGUGAGCAAUGAAGGAAUAGCAGUAAAGGCUGAAUUUCUCAGAGACGUGUGAUGUCCCCUGCUGGGAACAGUGGGAAGAGGGAUCUGUACGGAUGGCGGUGUGGUGCUGUUUAUUCCAUUGGGCCAACUCCAGCUGAGUCAACCACCCACUUUAUGAAAGCAAGACGUGGCAGCAAAACUGGACCCCUUCCUCAUAUCCUGACAGACACCCGCAUCCACGGCAAGUGCUGCUGAACACUGGUGAACUACUUCUCGUUUCCACCAGCGUGUGCUGGGAGAGCGGGGCUGUCCUGGGCAGCAUCCAGGGAUGCAACACUAGUCCUCAUGAACAAGAGAACAGCAUCUGGGCCAGCACCUGCCCCAGGCGGGUCUGGGACGGGCACAGUGUUUUGGCCAUGACUACAGGCAGGAUUUUGAUCCUUUCUCUGGCACAGGUACAGAAGAACCAGAUGGACCCAUGUUUGUCAAAACAUUCUCCUCUGAGGCAAAGAUAUUUAAACUUCACAGCUUACUUAUUAACAUUGUUUCAAUGUAUUUUUUUUAAUUAAUAUAUUGUUUCAAGGAAUAUAUUGUUUUUAUUUGUAGAUUAUUUCAUGGCAUGGCAGCAGGGGCAGAACAUGGUAAUGACAAACGCAACCAGGCCCUACUAAAUAUUUUGUAUUUCCACCACUAAUGUGUAUCACAUAGCCUCUCAUAUUAUGCAUACCAACUUUGCUGUCAUUUUCUUUUAUAUGGCAUCUUACAUGUUUUAUCUUUGAAAUCUUCAUUGAAUGCUGCUAAUAUGUCCAGACAGAAUUACAGAAUUAUCAUGUUUUAUGAUUCAGAGCAUGUUAAUAAAAUAAUUUGAUAUUUUUCUCACAAAAAUAAACUAACUGAUGAAAACCAGGUGUUUGGUUUUUUUUUUUUGAGAUUCUUGAAUUACUCUGGUAAGGUUUUUUGUAGGCUACUCAAAUGGGCGCACAUGAAUGUCCUUUUUACGGUGUAGAGCAAAUGGCAAGCUAUUUCAGCAUAAAGAAUAGACACUAACUUAGAAUAUGAUUGUGCUUACAUUUGUAUUAAGUAGCAAUGAUUUUAAAAAAAUAAGUGACUACAUAGAAAUACGCUUCUGUGAUAUUUUAACUAUAUUAAAUAAUUACACAUGGCUUAUCAUA